AUGCCGCAGGAUCUGACCCUGAUCUGGGCAUCUCCUGGAGACAUGGCUGACAUCCACUGCCCCGUUGUAAAUGAAACCUUCUUGUUGAUGGUGUCCUGGUACAAGGAGGACGAAGGCAAAAAUCUGCGCAGGAUUUAUGAGAGUUUUCCAUAUGCAAAACAGGUACAGGGCAGGUACUCAAGCCAAGGGCAAGGUCUGAGGAUCAGCGAUGUGCAAAGGAACGACUCUGGGGUUUAUUACUGCGCCACAACCCGGCUCAUGAGAGGUACUAGGCUGGUCAUCUCAGGUGAGUGCCUUUGAAGAUUUUGGGGGGAAAUAUCAGCAUUUAUUGAAUGUAUGUUCUGCCUAGGGAUCAGUAAUCAAGCAGCUGCAAGCAGAAGGCCUCAGGUUCCAUCCCUGAAGGCACCUCCAGCAAACUUUGGAAAAUCGGGUCCUCCCUUAAAGAGGGCACUAAUUGCGGUGAGACCUGGACAACCAACACCCUGUGUUGUGGGUCGGUACGAUUGGUCAGCCACAACACCCGAUUGGUAGGUCCCUUGAAGCUGGGUGCAAUCUGGCCAAUGGGACGCAGUCCAAACGGUUCGAGGGACCUAUUUAUGCCCAUGCACGUGACCCAGAGCUUCCUCUUUCGGCGCGUGCAUUCAGAACACCCGCCCACCUCUCCCUACUUUUAGGGCUUUGCGCUUGACCUUGCUAUGCCGUCGUGUGUCGUCUGUCGUUGGGACAGGGGCACGGCAGGAAUUUUCCCCACUUGGCUGAUUGGCUGGUGCCAUUUGGGUUUCGCCUGCCGCGUAGCAAAUCGUCACACCUUGGGGUGGAGCAAAUAGUAUUUCCUGUUCCUCUCGCCCUAACUUCCUGUCUCUCUUUUCAUCCAGCCAAGUGCCUGUGUUAUGUACAGUGGUGCCCCGCAAGACGAAUGCCUCGCAAGACGAAAAACCCGCUAGACGAAAGGGUUUUCCAUUUUUCGAUGCGCUUCGCAGGACGAAUUUCCCUAUGGGCUUGCUUCGCAAGACGAAAAUGUCUUGCGAGUCUUGAGAUUUUUUUCGCUCCCCCCCUUUUUCUAAGCCGCUAAGCCUUUAAUAGCCGCUAAACCGCUAAUAGCACUAAUCCGCUAAGCCGCUAAUAGGGUUGCUUCGCAAGACGAAAAAACCGCUAGACGAAGAGACUCGCGGAACGGAUUAAUUUCGUCUUGCGAGGCACCACUGUACUGAGUUGAAUAGGAUCCAAAAGGCAGCAGUCUGAUUGGUCCUAGAACAAUAGGAUUCAGAAUGCAGCAGUCUGAUUGGUCCUAGAACGAUAGGGUCCAGAAUGCAGCAGUCUGAUUGGUCCACAGGAGCCACCCAAUCCAGCUCCAGGUGGAAGUGAAUCCGCAACCAGAUUGGCCUACAGGUGAAUCCCGGAAUUAGCCAAUCACGUGGGGCCCAUUGUGUAAAUAAUGUAUAUAAAGCAGACAUUCUGGGGGAACUUCCAUUCCUCCUCACCACUACGAGCUGAAUAAAGAGCAUGAAAUCCACUCUCGACUCCGAGUAUAUUUCAGCCUGGAAUGCCUGAAAUCUCUGGCCACUCAGAUUGGAGCAGCGCGUAACAGUAUUUUUCUCAACAUUCUUUCAGGUGCUUUGAGGCAGAGUCUUUUUGUCGUCGUGCCACCCUCCUCAGAGCAGGCUCAGUUGAACCACGCCGCCCCCCUUCCCUGUGUCUUCUUAGAUGCUGACCCGAAGGGGGAUUUCAACGCCUGGAAUACAAGUGGGGAAACAUCUCAGGACCAGAAUUACAUUACCAUGGCAAACGGAAAUGGAGACUUCAGUAUCUGGAGUGUGAAGCUGAUUACUCCAACACAGGUGCCUGAUACCUGUUCAGAGAAGAGAAAUGUUGGUUCUCCAGCAGGUAUAAACACAGUGUCAACCAGUCCAAGUAGAUUUGCACUGAAUAAGCUCUUCAACGGGGCAGGAGAGAGUGUCAGGCGAAAGCAAAGAGGGGGAGAAGCAGGGAACAAAUAUGACCCCGACUUUUGUACGGGAAUCUACAUCCCACUGGGCAGAGGUUUCUCUUUCAUCCAGGUGUGAGAAACCUUUGCCUCUCCAGAUGUUGCUGAGCUCUCAUCACCCCUGGCAAGCAUGUGAAGGGCCAGGGAGAUUGGGGGUUCUGGUUGAGAAGCAUUUGGAGGGCCAAAGAUCCCCCAUCCUUGACACAGAUGCAGGCACACCCCUCUCCAUCCUCGAUCCAGGCAAGCAGGAGGAGGCAAUGCCACUGGUCCCAUAUCCAUUCCAGCUGAUGUAGAUGUGUCUAUCCACCAGGAGUGGGCCAGCAAUAAAUCACACGGCAUUAAGUGAAGUUAACUCUUUGGUAGAAGUGGGCCAGCAAUAAAUCACACGGCGUUAAGUGAAGUUAACUCUUUAGUGGAAGUGGGCCAGCAAUAAAUCACACGGCGUUAAGUGAAGUUAACUCUUUAGUGGAAGUGGGCCAGCAAUAAAUCACACGGCGUUAAGUGAAGUUAACUCCUUAGUAGAAGAACUCCUUAGUAGAAGUGGGCCAGCAAUAAAUCACACGGCGUUAAGUGAAGUUAACUCUUUAGUGGAAGUGGGCCAGCAAUAAAUCACACGGCGUUAAGUGACGUUAACUCUUUAGUGGAAGUGGGCCAGCAAUAAAUCACACGGCGUUAAGUGAAGUUAACUCUUUGGUAGAAGUGGGCCAGCAAUAAAUCACACGGCGUAAAGUGAAGUUAACUCCUUAGUAGAAGUGGGCCAGCAAUAAAUCACACAGCGUUAAGUGAAGUUAACUCCUUAGUAGAAGUGGGCCAGCAAUAAAUCACACGGCAUUAAGUGAAGUUAACUCUUUGGUAGAAGUGGGCCAGCAAUAAAUCACACGGCGUUAAGUGAAGUUAACUCUUUAGUGGAAGUGGGCCAGCAAUAAAUCACACGGCGUUAAGUGAAGUUAACUCCUUAGUAGAAGUGGGCCAGCAAUAAAUCACACGGCGUUAAGUGAAGUUAACUCCUUAGUAGAAGAGAUAAGGUCUCCUCAGGAGUGCCAGGCCUUGUGAGCACAGCAACGCUUCUCUGCAGGUCUUGCCCCUAUGAGGCAGUUGCCGAGGCUGAAGGUCCUUGCCUUCCCACAGCUGCCUAAGCUUCCUCCUUCUCCAAGUCCUCCCCAAGCAAUCUGAGACUAUGCCAGUGUGCCUGCCUUUGUUCUUCCCGCUUCAUACCUCUCCUGGUCCUUGGAGACCAGCGGGGAAGGGAGCUUGUUGCAGCAGGAAGGGCAGAUUUCUUCACCAGCCUGCCUCAUCUCUGCCUCUUGGCCUCCCUCCUGUCCCGGGUUCUGAUUCUGGACUGCUCUCCGCCACAGAGGCCUGAUGUUCCCCACCUUUAACCUAGUGGGGUUGUCUCAAUUUUCUGAGCAACACGGAUGAAUCACAGAUGUUUAGGGAAGCUUUUAAUGUUUAAUAGAUUAUUGUAUUUUAAUAUUCUGUUGGAAGCUGUCCAGAGUGACGGGGUAUACAUAAUAAAUUAUUAUUAAUUAUUAUUAUUAUCAUUUUGGUGGUGAGUCUGCUCAGGAAACAGAGAGGAGACGUCUGUUUACAGGGUUGCCAUAUUUCGAAAAGUAAAAAACCAGGGCCUCCUGAAAGUUGUUUAGGAAGACCCCCAAAAUUGUCUGGGAAAAUCCAGGCGCAUGGCAACCCCGGUUUCCUAAUGUUUCCUCUGGUCAUCCCAGGACAGGCAGCACCCCAGUCUUGUUGCUUUUAGGUAGCUAAGAGGACAUUAUUUUGGAUGCUUUAGUUGAGAUUCCUGCAUUGCAUUGGUCUAGAUGACCCCAUGGGUACCUUCCAGCUCUGCAGUUCUGUGAUUCUAUGAAAUGGAGAGUCUUUGCUUAACAUUGUUCUCUGCCAAUGGCCGGUCUAGUUGCUGACCCGUUUCCCUCUCCUUCUCAUUGACAGAGAACUGCAUCUCCAUACUAUAUUUUGGGGUGCCCUGCGUUGUCGCCAUCAUCCUCCUGAUCCCGCUCUCAGCCCUAUUCUUCAGAAAACUUCUUCACACAGGUAAUCCUUUUGUAAGAUAAACUGUGGUCGUUAUUCAAGGGGCCGUGAAGUGCGUGAGGCAGACUGGAAGCUAGGAGCAGCUUCUGAGUAGACCAAUAAAACGUCCAUUCUUUUUUACUUCAUCACAGGGAUUGCAGAGAAACCAGGAAACCAAAUACCCAUGAGAGAGAUCCCACAGGUAAACCCUGGCUUUGCAUACUGAAAUUUCAGAAAGAUGUGUGUUCCUGUAUUUUGCAGGAGGGUUUGGAAGGAACCAGUCCUAAUUUUGGACAACCCAGGAAUGCAGGAGGCAGACACACAGAGAGCAUACCGGUAGUGGCAAUUUUGGCAAUUUCUGGAAAAAAUAGCUCUAAUGCCUCUUUUUUAUUAUUUUGCAAAAAAAAAAAAGUGAACAGUUCUGUCCAGAUUUCUGAAGUAUGGCAACCCUAGGUAGUACAGAAGUGUGGGUUGCAUUUGAAUGAGGAUUUUUGGAUGUGAAAAGGCUUGUGAAUGAUCACCUGUGGUGAGGGGAAAUGUUAUCCAGGUGACCAGGCACUGAACCUUUCCUGAACUGAGUGUUUAAAUGUGGUUUGCAAGCUGCCCAGGAAAUGUUUAUUGAUGAUGUGUAGUGAUUAAGGAUGGUGGUAGUUGAGACUACUCGGAGUAGAAUUCUCUUGGAUACAAAUUAUUAUUAAUUAACAUAAACAUCAUCAUUAUUAGGCCUUUGAUAUUCAACAAAUGCCAAAGUGGGGAACGGGACAGGUGAGUUGGCAAAAAUGCUUAUAGUCCUCCAGUGACCAUAAACACUUUUACUAGGCUGUAAUGCUCUACUUUGAAUAUAUCCUUCUCUGUAAGUAACUUUCUGGUAGAAACUACCCAAGGUAACUAAAAAGUUUUUGUUUUGUUUUUUCAAAAAUUACUAUUUUUUUCCAACACCCAUUCAUGCAAAAGAGAUAAACAUUCUAAUAAAAACAACAAAAGUUCAUUUGAUUUUACAGAUGUGAGAAUUCAACUUUUACAACGUGUGAGCAGCCUAUAACUGCUCUGCUUCCUUCCCCUUCCAGACAGAGUACGCAGAGCUACGUUGCAGCAAAUGAAAUCCGGAUCAAACUGGAGCGAUGAAGAAAGAAAAGCAAAACUGAGACUUUCGUAGAGUUGCAGUGUUGCAAUCCCAAAGGGCCGC